GUUCCGGUGUUACAGUCUAACCGCACUGAUGGAUGGGACGUGCGCUUCCAUGAGGCUUUACUGUUUGUUUGGUUUUUUACCUCGCUUCACGUUGAAGCGUGAAAGUGUGGCUCCCUGAUGGCAGCCUGCGUGCUAUGUCGGCGGGUUCCCAGGCUGAGCUGCCUCCCAGGCUGGAGAAAAGGUUUUGCCCAGUCUCAACACAUGCCCGUCAAACCAGAGGAUGACACUGAUCAUCUGGAGGAGAAGAAACGAUGGUUGCAAAACAAUGAAGUCCCUUUUCAAGGAGGAUACAGGCUGCAUUACAACCCCUCAUCAUAUCGUCACUCUGUGUGCAACCCUGUGAACUCUCGCAGUCAGACGGAUAAUGAUGAAGAUGAACAGUGUCUCUCUGCUCAUGCACCGACCUUCUGGCAACAGAGUAACCGCUACAGUGUGAGCUGCUCGCGAAAUCUCUCAAGCUCCAAAAACACACUUCUCGACUUAGCUUUUAACAAAGACCCUGAAGCUGACACCCCCUCAGCGUCAUCUUACCGCAGAAAGACAGUGCCACCGGAUGUUAAAGUAGAUCUGCGUGCCUUCCAUAAAUGCAGGCCAGAGUAUGCCUCCAUGACCCUUGACCUCGCCCAGCGGCCUCAGCCAGUCGAGUGGGUAGAAAUGUUGCCGGUACUCCAAAAAGUUUCCCUUUUAAAGGGCAGGAUGAAGCCGUCCGACGUAUCCCAGUUCCUCUUGGAACUCAGCGGGCUGCAUCCAGACAAGGUGCCGCUCCUGAGAAGCGACCAACGCUUCAUCAUGCUGCUUCGUUAUUCCGUGGAACACCGGCGCCUCUUGACUAAUCACCAGCUGCUGGAGGUGCUGCAGUCAUUUGUGUGGCUGGACGUGCCAUCCUCCCACACUGUGCUGGAGGUGUAUGAAGCUGAGCUGAGUCGCCGGGCCGACCAGAUGAACCUACACGAGUUGCUGUUAGCCGCCGACUUGUGGCGCUGUAUCGGGAGGCAGGUGCCACAGUUCUUGCAGCACCUCUGUAACGCGGUCCAGCUGCAUCUGGGACAGAUGGGGGUCCCCGAGCUGGUGCAGUUGUUGUACAUAGUGGGUGAAGGUAGGCAAUGCCCAAAAGACUUGAUCCGUCCUUUAGAGCAUCUUCUUAUGCGUCAUUUACAACACCUGCACCCCGAGGAGGUUGGCGUAGUCUGCCUGGGGCUCUUCAAGUCCCAAACGUCAAUUUCUGAGGACGCAGUGACCCGCAUCGUCGACAGGGGGCUCUCUUGUGUGACAGAAAUGAGUGACUUUGCAAUGGUGAAUGUGCAGAAGUACCUGCGUUUCAGUUAUCUGUAUCACAGAGCGUGGCUGGAGGCCAUGGCACGGGAGGUUCCCCGACGGGCUCCCGGGAUGGGCGUCCAAGGGCUGAUGCACGUGGCAUUGACUUGUUCGGCCCUUCAUUACCGCAACGAUGACAUUCUCACCGCUGUGGCCGAGAGAGUUCCCUUGCUCGUGCCACACUGCCGGAGUAAAGAUUCGUGCAAACUCCUGUGGGCUUACGGCACAUUAGGGUUUCUCCCGGGUCAGAGUCCAGGUUUCUACCCGAGCCUCACAGAGUCCCUGAGGCAGAGGAAGGCUGAGUUCCAGCGGUACCCAGAGCACCUGCUUACCGGUCUUCUGGGCUUGGCUUUUGUCGCUCAGUUCCCCGAGGAUCUAAUUGCUUUGGCCUUGAGUCCAGAAUUUGUCAGCCAUGUGCUAAAAAAGAAACAGUUGGAGCUGAAAAAGGACUUGUUUACUUUAGAUGGUGUUGUGGCCCUGGAGUUGCCCCGGUGGACCGGCCCACGGUUAAACUGUGAAUUUAAGGAAGAGGUGACAGAUAUGCUGUCCAAGUUUGUGCUAUCCGAUGUUUGCCAGAAGCCAGAGGUGCUAGAGGCAGAAUCUGCUCUACAUGAUCUGCUUGGAGGAGAGGAGUUUGUGUGUAAACGAAUGAUCCUGCCGUACACUCGCUCCAUUGACCUGGAGGUACACCUGGACUCCUCUGGGCAGCCCGUUCCUGUGAACCCUGCAUCUUCACAGCAAGGUUCAACCACAGUUCCUUCUCCACUGGGCUGGGAGAGAUUAAAUGCAGGAGUAUCUAUCACUGACGAACUUAUAACACAGUUAAUAAAUUCAAAAACCCCCACGAAUUCAUCAUCGUCUAAAGUUAAGCCAGCAUCUCUUCGUAGAUUACCGGCAGAUGUAGAUGAGAGGGUGUUUGAAUCGGUGCUGGACAUGACCAGGGGGAUCUCAGAAACUGUUACCAGACCUAGCACCCUAGCCCCAACCCGCCAGGACUCCAAGUGCUCCGGCAAAAUCGCCAUCCAGGUCUCGAAUAGGAACCACUAUUGCACCCAUUCGGAGCAGCUGCUGGGACUUCACGCUUUGAAGAGAAGACACUUGAAGAUAGCAGGCUUCAGGGUGGUGGAGCUGAGCCAUCGGGAGUGGUACCCGAUGCUCAGGAAGAGCAGGGCGGAGAAGCUGGCAUAUCUGCACUGCAAAAUCUACGACAGUCUGUAACGACUCUUAGACCUCCAAGAGCUGAAAAAACCUCAGAAAACUGCAGUUAAUAAAACUGAUGACGGCUUUUAGGCUCCUGGGAUAUUUCUAGUUUGUAAAUUAUUGUAAAGGUCCAUUUGGGAGACUGUUAAAGUAUAUAAAUAUGUAUGUGUAUAUAUAUAUCUCCAU